CAGAAGAUGGUGGAGUUGAAAAAGGAACUGUUUCUAACCUCUAUCAAAUUCACUUUAAUUCGAACUGUCACUCAUUUCGCUUCGGUGCUUGGGUACAAAAUUAUUGAAUAUUAGCUGAAGUCUAGAGAAUAAAUAAAUCAGCUUCCAAAUUUGUAUAUCGUCAAGUAGUAUGAGUAGUGUAAUGUUUAAAUGUAGCUCCAAUAAUUUUUAUUCUAAAGACAACUAAAUUUUAUCAGUUAAUUGAAAACGGCAGUCCCUUUGUUUUUUGAUUCAUUAUGUCAGACUCCCUUACAGAGCACGAAACGGAUCUUGUAUCAAACGAUUCAGAUGCUGAAGGAUCUCAAAGUGUUUGCUCAGACACUCAUAGUGAUACUGCCUCAGGUAUAACAGAAAAAAGUACUUUAUCUGGUUCUACCAUCCAAGCAUCCCUAGGGAACGAUGAUAACUCAACUAAUCCAUCCUCGAUAGCUGAUUCCGAAAGCAAAUCUGCCAACCGAAAUGUCUAUUCAAGAGAUAUUCUUUUGCCCUGGGGUGCACAAAAGGAACGAGCUUCAUCACAAGUUCCUGGAAUGGCAGUAGAUAUGGAUAUCAGACCUGGGGAAUUUGUGAUGAGGAGUUUAUUUGCAGUAUUCACUGUCCUAGCAGAGAAGAAAAUCGACUCUGUCUUGAAUGAUUCCCAAGUUAAGGAGAAAACAUUAUCCAAAGCCUUACAAAGAGGUGAAGAUGCCCAGUUUGAUCAACUACUUAGUGCUUUCGGAUCAGUGGCUGAACAUUGCUUACCAUCUUUACUAAGAGCCCUUUUCUCUUGGUAUGAAAGGCAGAUGUCUGAAGUUACAAUCCCGGAACAUAAGAAAACUGACCCUAAACAACAGAAAAGCAUUAUCUACAUUGUAUCAGGUGGAACAACAGAAACUGUAGAAAGGUCAGAAGCAGAAGUACAAAAAGAGAAGAGGGAUUUAGCUGUAGAGUUUAUAUUCUGCUUAGUCUUGAUUGAGGUUCUGAAACAAUUAUCUUUCCAUCCUGGGCAUGAAGACCUUGUGCAGUAUAUAGAAAAUUUAGCAUUUAAGCAUUUUAAGUACAAAGAAGGCAUACAGAAUAAUCCAAAUGGAGCAAAUAUCCACAUAAUUGCCGAUCUCUAUGCAGAGGUAGUUGGAGUUCUGGCCCAAUCCAGGUUCAUGUCGGUCAGAACAAGAUUCAUGAACGAACUCAAAGAGUUGAGAUCACGGGAACCUGGUCCCAUCACAACCCAAAGUAUUAUAAGUUUAUUGAUGGGAAUGAAAUUCUUCAGAGUCAAGAUGGUACCGAUUGAGGAAUUUGAAGCUUCUUUUCAGUUCAUGCAGGAGUGCGCUCAGUAUUUUCUGGAAGUCAAAGAUAAGGAUAUAAAGCAUGCUUUGGCAGGUCUUUUCGUGGAAAUAUUGGUGCCAGUUGCCGCAGCAGUUAAGAAUGAAGUGAAUGUACCGUGCUUGAAACAUUUCGUGGAAACUUUAUAUUUCCAAGGCCUGGAUUCUAUCAAUAAGUCAAAACAUAGGCUGGCACUUUUUCCAUUACUCACAUGCUUAUUAUGUGUCAGUCAAAAGCAAUUCUUUCUGCAAAAUUGGCCUUGCUUCCUCACUAUCUGCCUGCAACAUCUCAGAAACAGGGAUCUGAAAAUGUGUCGAGUUGCUUUGGAAUCGAUGUAUCGUCUUCUUUGGGUUUAUGUGAUAAGGCUCAAAUGUGAAAGUAAUUCAGUAACCCAAUCAAGAAUCCAAAGCAUUGUUAAUUCACUCUUUCCGAAGGGAUCCAAGGUUGUAGUACCAAGAGAUACCCCACUGAAUAUAUUUGUGAAAAUAAUUCACUUUAUCGCUCAGGAAAGGCUAGACUUUGCCAUGAAAGAAAUAGUUUAUGAUCUUCUUUCUGUGGGCAAACCGAUUAAAAUAAUAUUGACACCUGAGAGAAUGAGUAUCGGACUGCGGGCAUUCUUAGUGGUAGCUGAUAGUUUACAGGAGAAGGAAGGAGAACCACCGAUGCCUAGAUCAGUUGGGGUGAUGCCGAGUGGCAAUACCUUGAGAGUGAAAAAAACAUUCAAAAAUAAAGUUUUAACUGAGGAUACCAUUGGAACAAUUGGAAUGAGUUCAUAUUUUCCUCCUGUUCGAACGGCUUUUGCGGAAAUCCUCGUACUUCUCGAUUCGGCGUUCGGUAAACCUUUUCUGAUGACCAACAGCCAGAAUCUUUUAAAACCAGAGGAACUAAUGUUGGGUGAACGCAAACCGAAAAUGGACUUGUUCAGAACAUGUGUAGCUGCAGUUCCGAGACUGAUUCCAGAUGAUAUGACCAGUGCAGAGCUAGUCGAUCUGUUGAGUAGAUUGACUGUUCACAUGGAUGAAGAAGUCAGGGCUUUGGCUUAUCAGAGCCUUCAAACUCUGGUGAUCGAUCUUCCCGACUGGAGGCAUGAUGUUAUUUGGGGAUUGACCCAGUUCUUGAUGAAGGAUAUUUUAGAUACUUACCCCCAAUUGAUGGAUAACGGUUUGAAAAUGGUAUUAAAUUUACUGAUCACUUGGAAAAAUGCAAUUACCGGAAGUAAUACGGUUCCUAGGAUGAGCAGAGAUUAUAACGAAUUCAAAUCUAGCGUAGUUGAUUCAACUCUAACCAAAAAGACUGAUACCGUUAAAAUAGAAACUUUGACUUCCGCUCUGAAUUUGGUGGAAGCUUUAGCUAUGGUGAUGUUGUGCAAUAACCGUCUAACAACGAGAAGAGUUUCAGUUCUGAUAUUGAAAGAGGUGAAAACUCUAUUCAAGUUACUGAACAUAACCAAUAUACAAGCCGCUAUAGAAAUUAUGGACAAGUGCUGUCCGGAAAUUGUUAGUAAAUAUCUGUAUCUGUUACCUCCGGCUGAAAAAUCUGCCGUCCAAGCAACUUCGUCGAUUGAUUUGCAAUGGUUGAGCGAGAGGAAUUCUAGCGUGUGGACAGCGGGACUUUGCGAAGAUGGUACCAUUAAGAGCCUAAAUACUUCGUCGUUUACAGUAGUGGACCCAUGGUGCAGUAUUUUGUUUGAUUUCUUUGAUACUGGAAGGUUGAUCGAUCAAUGUCCGACCCUCAUAUCGAAUAUCUGGCCUAUCGUUUUCUCUAGAUUGAAUACACUGUACACAGUAGUAGAUCUUACACCGUUAAGCGAUAACAGAGCUUCGCUAUUGAGAAGUUCCACAGCUGUCAAGAAAACACCAAGUGAAAAAGACGCAUACUUACAUCUAUGGAAAAAUUAUGUAACAUUAGCUUUUCGAGUACUUCCAAAAAUAACCCCAAAUAUUCCAGUACCACAACCGAUAAGAUGCGUCAGUCCUGACUCCAGUUCAGGUUCCAAUACAGACAGCAGCCUAAGCAGUAAUGAAAAAAUCGAAAAUAAAUUAGCAAGUGUAUCUCCUACUGGUCUCUACAAACUGGUAGUACCAUUCUUACGCUGUGAAGGUCCUGAUGUCAGAGAUACCACGAUAUAUGCCUUAGGUCACAUCCAUCAUGAUGCUUUAGGGGAUCUACUAGAAGAAUUAGUCCCGUACAUUAAGGAAAUAACGGAGAAGAAACAAGAAAAUGUUAGGAGGCGCAGAAGGAAGAACCCAUUGCGAUUGACACUAAUAAAAUUAUUCGAACAAUUAGCGGAAAAAGGAACAUUGGGCGUCAGUUCUUGGGCCAUCGAUAGGAACCGAUUGACAUUGAUUCCUCAAAUAACUGAGUUUAUAGAAGCUGUAAGAUACUAUUUGGAGCUUGAACCAGACAAAACUUCCGUCGGGGCCAAGGAAUUGAUACUUCAUUUCUGCAACUUCAUAAAGAAAAUGUUCGAGAAUUUUGAUCUGGAACGAAGAGCGAACUUACUGAAAAGAGAUCUUCGUAAAAAAAUAUUCCUGUUAUUUUCCCAGUCAGCUGGAAAAUACAGUUUGAAACCAAACCCAACAAGUGAUGGGGAUCAAGAAAAAAUAAGCGAUUUUCAAUAUGCGGUUCUUCAGUCUAUGAGCGCGGUUUUGUGCUGUGGUCCUUGUUUCAGUCCUAGUGAUUGGGUGGAAGAUUCGCCCUACUACCUUUGGUUAGAUACUAUGCUAAAUAGCAGUGAAGAAAAAGUCUUCAAACUCGCCCAAGAAACCGUCAUCUUACUUCUGGAAGCCAAUCCUGACAUUGGUCUACUUGUGGAUUGGCUUAUAGAAAAGUGCUUUACAUACAGCUAUCCGGUUGCAGACGAAUGUUUCCUUGCAUUGUCAUACAUGUUCAGUACAAGGGAAUAUCCUUGCGACCACUACUAUGCAGUGAUCAAUGUAACCUUGAUGAAUACUGGUUGUCCAAGAACACACAUCCGAGACACUGCAUUGCAACUUCUUCAAAUUCUUGACAAGAGGUUCUUUGGAAGUGUUAGUCCUCAUCUUGAAAGUGAAACUGGUGAAGGAACAAGAAGAAAAGGCACACUUGACUCCCUUUUGGCCACUACAUUCUGCAGGUCUCAAGUGUAUUUGUCGAGUCAACUUGCCCAUCUUCACCCUGAAUUAACCAUGCCCAUGUUUUCAGAAAUAACAUACCGAUUCAAUACGGCCCGAUCUGAUAUAAGACCCAUGUUACUAGAAUAUAUCCUGCCCUGGUUACAUAAUAUGGAAUUGGUCGAUCCUAAUGUGCCUCCUCAAUAUUAUCAGUAUUAUUCCAGUGAAAGUGGAAGAACCAAAAGAGAUGGAUGGGGUUCUUCAGAAGCUACAGAAAUGGUUCUGAAUAAUAUGUUCUACCUUACUGCAAAGUUUGGAGAUUACCACCCUAAAGAAAUAGAACUUGUUUGGAAAACGUUAUGUUCUUCCUGGCCAAAUAAUAUGAGAGUUAUUAUACGAUAUCUUAUUAUCAUUUCCGGAAUGGCUCCUACAGAACUUCUACCUUAUGCGAAACGAGUAGUAUUGUAUUUAGCACGAGUCCAGCCAACUAAAUUAUUCGACGAGAUGAUGACGGAACUGCAGACGGUGGAAUCUUUGAAUUUCAAUAUUGAGAGGACCGAAACACCUCCUUUCUACCGCCUGACGAUGAUGAGGAAGACUUCAAGCCAUUCAGACGGCAAUACUGGCCAAGUUGAUUCGAACAGCAGGCACGAUUUGAGUGUUGAGAAGGGUACAAUUCAUACAAAGAGGCACAGUGGGGAAGAUCCAUCCAAGGCGUCCAAUGUUCUUGGUGACUUCGCCAUGGAAAAAUGCAAAAAUCAAGAAGAUAUGUACUCGUCAUCUGAUGAGAAUCCUAAUCAAGAUAAAUGUGAUAUGCCUAUACCUCAACCACACCCAUUGCCUAUGCCUGAAUAUGGUGGAUACUUUGCUCCAUUGUCAGACUAUUUACCAGAUAGUUCACAACCUAUAUCUAGCUUCCACAGAUGUAAUAUAGGAGUGAUGUUAUUGUGUGAUGUGGUAAUUGAUGGUUUAGAAUUGGACUGGACGAUCCACGUACCACUCAUGCUUCAUGUUGCAUUCUUAGGUCUAGAUCAUACAAGACCAUUAGUGCAUACCCACUGCAAGCAACUAUUACUCAAUCUGCUGAUUGUUAUUGCCCAACACAAUGACUAUUUGACAGUGGCUCAGAUACUUCUGACGACUAAGACAGAAGAACUUGAGUUAGGACUCUCUAUACCUGCGUUGCCUGUGAUUUCUCAUAAUUACACAGAGCCAGACCCAGUCUUCGAUGCUUUCUUCAGUUCUGCAACUCAUCAACCUGAGGGAGAUGCUAGUAAACUACCCAGUAUUGAUCCACCGUCCGAAAGUGAAGAACUUACUGAAUCCGAGGAAGAAACAUCCGAACAAGUGGCCAAGCCGCCUGAAGUGAGUCUUCAUACGACUUCGUCGUCAGCCACGCCAAAGUUGGAACAGAGCACGCCGAACAUCAUAAAAUCCCUCAUCGCUUUUCUGGCUAAACGUAACGACGAUAGUCCGUUAUGGAAUUACGAAGAUAUCACCGCGAAAGUUUGGUCGAUAAAGAGUGCCGAACAAAUGGAAACUUUGCUUCAGCACGUGGUCAGGGUGUUCAGGGAAUCCCUACCUUUGGGGCACAUAAACGAGAGAUGGGCUCAAACUGCGUUGCAGCUGGGUCUGAGUUGCUCUUCGAGACAUUACGCGGGCAGGUCCUUGCAGAUUUUCAGAGCUCUGAAGGUACCGAUUACGACUCGAAUGCUUUCUGAUAUUCUUAGUAGAUUGGUGGAGACGGUUGCCGAACAAGGAGAGGAUAUGCAAGGUUAUGUAACUGAAUUACUUCUCACUUUGGAAGCAGCAGUGGAUUCCUUAGAAUCAGAUUUCCGACCCAUAGAUUGCAUGAAAGAGUUUUUCAAAUCUACUCCGAAUUUGAACAACAAGGAGACAGCCCCUAAAAAGGGUAUGGGCGAAGGUCAAUCUAAUGUAAUACCUCAGAUAAGUUACCAACUGCAGGGCGGUCAUGCUAGGAGCACCAGUUACUCGGUUUCAUACGGUUUCAAAAAGUCUACUUCCUCCCCUAACGACAACAAAGAUAGGGGUAGAAGUAGCCAUGAGCCGGAUCAUAAGAUACCACUGAAUAAAUUCGCGUCUAACCUUGCUAGAUCAAGAUCAGCUCAAAGUUUGAAGAUGUUAGGAGAUUCGGCUACUCAGGACGAUAAAAUGACCAUUCUGGCUCAGCUGUUCUGGCUAGCUGUGUCGCUUCUGGAAUCUGACUACGAGCAUGAGUUCUUGUUGGCCGUCCGUCUACUGAAAAGAGUUCUACAUCGACUGCCUUUGGAUAGACCUGACGCCAGAGAUAAGGUGGAGAAACUUCAGCAGCAACUUCGCUGGAAUUCAUUCCCAGGAGUACAUGCUCUCUUGCUGAAGGGUUGUACUCAUCCUAACACUUAUGAACCAGUUAUGGAAUUGCUAUCCCAGCUAACUCUUUUGCUCAAUCUAUCGGUUAUCGAUCCUUCGCAAAACAUCGCGUUCCCGAUGAACGUUAUAGCUCUCUUGCCUUAUCUUUUAUUGAAUUAUGAGGACGCAAAUGAGUUGUGCAUACGUGCUGCUGAAAAUAUUGCUCAGGUCAGCAUUGAAAAGAGUAAGAAACUAGAAAACCUUGGAACUGUGAUGAACCUCUACAGUAGGAGAACAUUCAGUAAAGAAAGUUUUCAAUGGACAAAAUGCGUGAUAAAAUAUCUAUAUGACACCUACUCAUAUCUCAGCCUGAACAUGCUUACUUUUCUGGUCGAAAUAUUGGAGAAGGGGCCAAGUACACUACAACUGGCUGUUUUAAAUAUUAUUCACUGCAUGUUGCAUUAUGUGGAUCUGGCGUCAGCAGCUUGCCAUCCAAUAAACGCGGACCUAUUGAGAGUCAUCGUCAAAUAUAUAGAUGGCGUUCACUGGAAGGAAGCCCUCAAGAUCCUGAAGCUGGUCGUUAGUCGAUCUAGCUCUUUGGUCACUCCUCCGUCGUCGUCAUAUUCUCAGUGGGAAAGCUCCUUAUCCUCAACAUCACACGCCAAUUUCGGGGAAGACAACAGUUUUUCAAAGAAAGAACUACCAGGUCGUACAAUGGACUUCACAUUCGAUUUAUCACAGACCCCAGUGAUUGGUAGAAAAUAUUUGAACACUAAAGAGGAAGCUGCUAAUUGCUCCAAAGUAGUAGCCACACCUAGGCGUUCUUGCUCGCUCAGUCCUGCUGACGUUGUACCCCAAUCAGGUUGGAAGAGACCGUGGAUGUGUCAGGGCCGAGUCCGUGAAUGUUUGGUUAAUCUCUUAACAACAUGUGGACAACGGGUUGGAUUGCCUAAGAGUCCUUCUGUUAUAUUCAGUCAAACUUCUGAUCUCAUUGAACGUCAAUCUAGUAUGGCUUCGAGUACAGAAGAAGUGUCGCUGGGCAAUAAUGAUGCCAGUGGAGGUUCUCGCAGAGACGAAACUGCCACUGAUUUCGGUGUUUUCAAAGACUUUGACUUUCUCGAAUAUGAAAGUGAAAGUAUCGAGGGAGAGAGUACCGAUAAUUUCAAUUGGGGUGUGAGACGACGACCUCUUAGUCAGGGCGAUCACCUAAGACAUGGUGAAGAUAGUGUCAGUGAGUUAACCCCAGUUCUUACUUCUAGAAAGAAAAUGGUCGAAGGAGAGUCGUCGGACGAGGAAAUAGAGUCGGAGUCGCCGUUAGAUGAGAUUGUUGCUGGACCGGAAUUCGAAAACAAUCCUGGCGAGGGUCCAAGCGGUGUGUUUCCUCCUGCUUCGUUGAACUUGAGGGAUCCAGUAGCUCAGAUAAUAUCAAGUGGUAGAUCUGAUACCAGUGGAUCCAGUGCGGGUGACUUGGGUGAAGUUACACCUUGCAAUGCUUCUCCAAAUAUUGCCGGAAUGCAGAGGCCCCAGAUGAGGUUAGAUGCGCUGGAGAACUACCAAUCUUAUGUGGAUCUCUUACAAUCUCCACCAACCAGUCCGCAUUUCUUCCAGCAACUCCAUAAAUUGGUGAAGACUGUCUGUCAGGCAUCAUUUGAAUCAUCUAGAGAAGCUUGUUCCUACUUAUCACAUUCGUCAAUAUCAAGCCAACCAAUAAUCAAGCUAAUAAAUUCGAGAUUAAAUUCUGUUAUCGAUUGCAUCACUUUCCGAAUUAUGGUUCCCAAUUUGGUAUGGUUCAAUCAGAACGCUGUAGCGCAUCUCAACCUGGGGGAAACGUUAAAAUGUGCUAUAUUGCAAGUUCAAGAGCACCUCGAAUUAUUCUGCGAUAAAAAACAACAACUCACUAUGUAUUGCGAUGCAGUUAAAACCACCUUGAAGUUGGAAAUGCUCAGCGGUCAACCGUCCGAAUAUAGACAUGAUCAAUACUUUAUGGAUUUGGGAAAAUCGAUAUUUAAAUUAUAUUUUCAAUUAUUACUCUUAGUCGAAGCUGUCAACAAAUUAGUGUGCCUCUUGCACACCACGCUACUUGCUGCCGACUUCAAAGACAUGACACCGGAGGUAAUCACCAUAAGGAAUGCUCUGGCUAGAACUUUUGAAGAUACCGAGGCCGAUGGUGGGGUUGCCUCUUCAUCAGCUCCUGAAGAAUCUGAUGAAAGCUAUGAAUCGAGGAUAACAAGACUCUUGGAUAGGCAGGAAUGGACCCAAUGUGUUUUAUACUUCAAACAACACCGGAGUGAAAUAAUCAGAGAAUAUGAAGACAUUUGUGACAGAGAUGAUGAUAUCCACACUAUAUUGAACAUUUAUUGUAAAAGAAAGAUGGCUGAACGACCAGACCAUUCCACCAAUACUAAUCAACAACCAGAUUCGUCAGAUAUUUUCGGGAGAUUAUUCCAGUUUUCAUCUGCUGCCUCUGAACUGGAAAACUUAUUUAAAGACCAACAACCUUCUUAGAAGACUGCUUAUUUUAAGGUAAUUUAGUUCAGCAUAUAUUAUUUGUAUCAGUGUAGUGAAUGUUCCGAUUACUUUUUAAAUUAUGUUUAAGUGAUAUGUAUUCUGUCUUUAUGGUUAGAAUAAUGUAUGUUGUGGUGUAUGUCGUAAUAUCAAUUUUUUAUAAGACUAUAUAAUAUCCUUCUUAUAUCCUUUUUUAAGAAACAGAAGAAAUCUAUCAUUAAUUACGCUUCAAUUAAUUGCAUACACAACAAUAGUUUUCACAAAAUAAUAUAUUCGAUGUUACUGAUAUUUAUAAAUUUUUACAUAUUUUUUAAUAAUUUUUUCAAUUUAAUUCUUUUUAUGAUUUAUUAUAAUUUUAUUGUCAUAUAUUUAAUUAUUGUUGAUUGUUAAUUUUAUCAGGGAGAACAAUUCAAUAUUAUCACAAUUAUUUUUAUCUCAAAAGGGUAAUAAAAGUAUAAAUUAUACCUUCAAGUUUAUAUGAAUAAAUUCAAUGCACUAUU